AUGAUUAUGGGUCAUCCAUUUCGUGGAGCGCUGUUCAUAUCAUUACUACAGUGUUUGUUCCUGAGAGCCAACUCGGGCGCAGACUACCCAGAUUCAGUCACAGAAAUGUCGUCACGCCAAUUUCGGGCAGAAUACCUUCAAGAGUGGCAGGGGUCACACGCACCUUAUUUCGACCCAGGCACUCCAAGAAAUAUCACCGGAUUGGUUGGUCACCCAGUGCGAUUGCUGUGUCGUGUAAAAAACCUACAGAAUCGAACUGUAUCGUGGGUGCGUCACCGUGACAUCCACCUGCUAACAGUGGGCCGUUACACGUACACAUCAGACCAGCGCUUUGAGGCACAGCACAAGCCGCGCUCCGAGGAAUGGGCGCUUCGUAUCCGCAGCCCACAACGUCGCGACUCCGGCCAGUAUGAGUGUCAAAUUUCUACCACGCCGCCUAUUGGACAUGCCGUUUUUCUCAAUAUUGUCGAACCAGAGACUACAAUAUCAAGUGGAUCAGAGUUGUUCCUACAGAAAGGAUCAACUAUCAACUUGACGUGUACAGUGAGGCAUACUCCAGAACCACCUACAUCUAUUACUUGGACACAUGGUGAACAGGUGAUAAAUUUCGACUCGGCGCGUGGAGGGAUAUCGCUUGUCACCGAAAAAGGUUUGAAGAGUACAAGCCGGCUCUUAGUUCAACGAGCGAGGGGUUCUGACGCGGGGCUCUACACUUGUGGUCCCAAUAAUGCUCCGCCUGCUUCAACGAGAGUUCAUGUCUUAUCUGGUGAACACCCGGCGGCCAUGCAACAGGGCUGUGCAACAUCGUCAUUAGAAAUGUCAGUGACAUUAACAUGUAUAAUACUUAUUUUAUCCAUUAAAAUACCUUUUUAG